GCUGUAUGAACCUCUCCAUGCCCCUUAAAGAGACAAUUAAUUAGAGAGAGAGAGAGAGAGAGAGAGAGAGAGAGAGAGAGAGAGAGAGAGAGAGAUGGGAGCAGUGGCUACAAUUCUAGUGCUUUGCUCAAUGGUCAUGAUAGCCAUGCCGAUGGCUCAUGGCGUGGAUGAAUCACCUGAAGCGGUGGACAAAUGGUUCGAAGAGCUGGGACGAAUGAAAGAAAAGCUAACAAAGAUUCGCUUCUACUUGCACGACACAGUGAGCGGCAACAACAUAACUUCAGUUACAGUGGCCGAACCCAGCCCUAAGUUACCCAACCAAUUCGGGCAAAUUAACGUGCUCGAUGAUUCAUUGACAAUUGGGCCCGAGCUCAACUCCACGAUACUAGGCCGAGCCGAGGGGAUUUAUUUAGGGGCUGAGCAACAGGAAACUGAUCUACUAAUAAGCUGGAACUUUGUCUUCACGAGUGGGAAGUACAACGGCAGCACUCUUAGCGUUUUCGGUCGAAACCCGAUAUUGGGUACGUAUCGUGAACUGGCCAUUGUUGGAGGGUCAGGCAUUUUCCGGCUAGCACGAGGGAUUGCCACCGCACAGACGUAUUCAUUCGAUAUCACCUCCCUUAAUGCUGUUGUAGAGUAUCAUGUUAUUGUUAUUCACUAUUGAAACGAUUGUUGGUUCAUUAAUCACGAAUAAGUAUUGGAACUAGCAAAA